AUGUUCUUGGGACAGAAUGUAGGACAACAGUGUGUUACAAUGAGUUUGUGCUCUUUGCUUUUAUUACUAUAUCAUAUAAGGGAUCAGCUGACUGCGAAUGAUCUUGCACAAAUAUCAAAUAUAGGAAAUCUAUUUUAUUCAAGUUUCUCCCGAUUAACCAGACAGGCAUUUUUAAUGCAGUCAGAAUUACCAACAGCAUUACAUGUGUUCGACACUGAUUAUCAACUGGAAUACAGUGAAAGCUACUCUGGUACUGUUCACCAAGAAACUACAAUAGAGGGAGAUCAGUACUGUACCUCUUUAUGAAGAGCCUUUGAGUUGCACAUAUCUGAAAACAACACCAAUACAUAAUAACCCUGAGGUGUAUUGCUGUUACAACCUAUUGUAAUAGUAAAAUUGGGUUCAAAUAUUUGAUUCUUGUGCUAGAGAUUUGUAUGGUAGAGGGUAGCCUCAAGGUACAAGUCUUCUUCUUAAAGCACUGUCCCUUGAUAGUUUUGUGCAUUAUUUUUCAGAGUAUGCUUAAUGGUAUAUUUGAAGUGAGUGGAGUACAAGUUGAGAAUAUUCAAAAUAGAAUGGUUUCUCAACACAGUGUGAAUGAACCACAAACUUCAAUCUUGGUUGUGCUGUAGCUCUAUCCUCUCUAUACUACUCUACUCUGAAACCAUGUAAUUACUGGAAUUACAACUCAUCCUAACCCACCAUUGGUGACAGAGGCAAAAAAAUGUGUUAUCAAUCAAGUUUAGAACACAGCUAACCUUUCCAAGAACUGUAGAUGUUUGUGGAACUGUAGUAAAUUUAGAUAAUUUGUUUUCAACUGAAGGACUAUUAACUGAUUCACUUCAAAGUAAGUCAAUUCUUGAGAAUGAUAUGAUGAAUAAUAUUGAAUGCACAGAGUUUUUGAUAUUGUUUUUCUCUUAUUGCAUCAGUUGUACCUUUAAACCCACAAAAAAUAAAGACAGGAAUUGCAGAAAAAACUGUCCCAAAAUAACAAGACCUCUAAAGAAA